GAAGAGUAGUGGAGCGUCGUUUUCUUUGACUGCGCGCACCUCUCGGUGAUGCUGCCGCUCAAGUGUUGCAUGCAAGUGAUCGAGCGCCGGCGCAUGGCUCGGAUAGGAUGAAGACUCGCGCUGCGCUCGGAAACGACGGGAAAUGAAGAUGAAGAUUAGAGUGUGCCAAGGGGUUAGUGGCAUCAUCGUCGUCACCAUGGUCACCAGCUUCAUGUUGGUGUACAACAGCAGCAACAGCUCAUCUUCCCCACCCACAUCGUCGUCGUCGUCAUCCCGCCGUUUGGAUGCUCCUGCUCCCUCCACCACGAAGAGACCGGACACACCACAGAGGCUCCGGACGUCAACUCUGGAGGGAUACGCAGGUGUCGUGGACCGCAAGCCUCUGGAAAUGCACUGCAGGACUUGCGCCUUGGUGACAAGCUCCGGCCACCUGAUUGGUAGCAAGAGGGGCGAAGAAGUCGACCGCUCCGAGUGUGUUAUCCGUAUGAACGAUGCGCCCAGCGUGGGGUAUCAGCAGGACGUUGGCCGGCGCACAACCCUUCGCAUUGUGGCUCACUCCAGCCUGCAAAGGGUGCUGCGGAGCCGACAGGAGCUGCUCAACGCGAGCCAAGACACGGUGUUCAUCUUCUGGGGGCCGAGCAGCUGCAUGAGACGAGACGGAAAGGGCCAUGUUUACAACCACCUCAGGCUGUUAAACCAGCUACUGCCCAAGCUAAAAGUCUACAUCAUUUCCCGCUUCAAGAUGCUGAAGUUUGAUGAAUUAUUUAAAAAGGAAACAGGGAUUGAUAGGAAGAGUUCCAACUCCUGGCUGAGUACUGGCUGGUUCACCAUGGCCACAGCUUUGGAGCUGUGUGACAGAAUCAAUGUGUAUGGCAUGGUGCCCCCUGAUUUCUGCAGAUCCUCCUCCCAUCCCAUCGUGCCAUAUCAUUACUAUGAGCCCUCGGGGCCCGACGAGUGUUCCAUGUAUCUUUCUCAUGAGAGGAGCCGACGAGGAAGCCACCACCGCUUCAUUACUGAGAAAGCGGUCUUCGCAAACUGGGCACGAACCCUUAACAUCCACUUCUACCAGCCAGACUGGAAGCCCGCCACCAUCGUAGCCAGCAUGAACAGCUCGGACUCUGCAGUUCCACCUGGGUCCUGAGAUUCCCUCUCUGGCCAGUAUGAGUACAUGAGACCAGGCAGCAGUAGGACCUGGCUGCUUGUGUCUGUUAACUGACUGUCCAGCAACUUGGCAGAAUGGGAUCAUUGCGUAAUAGCAGUACAAAGCCUCCACUUUGUCUUGGAUGUGUAACUCUAAUAGGAUGAAUUUCAUACUGGAAUCAAAGCCAUGCCCUGAACUGCUUUAGUAAUGCUCGAACUGUCAGAGAGGAGGCAAACAAAGAGGGAGCACGUGACUUUAUUGUUGAUCUACUGUAUUUCUCUUAGUUAGAGCUGAAUACAGAUUCAUCACUAUGAUACUAUGGUCAUGUUCUUCGGGCUGUGCUAGCGACUGGCAGGGUAGUCAUAGGUGAUAUUUCUGGAUGAGUAACAUUGAUUUUAAUUAAUUUGAUUUUGAUCCUAGGUCACAAAUAUCAACUGUCAGGUAUUAAUAAAGGAAAUGUGAAUCACCUGUGAACAUAAAAGCCUGGAUCCAAUAUCCUGGCUGUUUAUCUAGUAGUUUGUGAAAAAAAACAAAGAGAACUGACUCUGACUCUGUGAUGUGGAACUGAACUUAUUGUUCUUUAGGUAAAAGUUUCCAUGCAACAUCUAGUAGAUUUGUAUUUGUUUACACAUGUCACAUUAAAACAAUAUCAAAAAAUAUUAUUGGGUAGAAUAUUAGUACACGCCCAUGAGUGCAGGAUGAGUCAUCAACAUUUUUUAAUCAUUUUCCACAUAUCAUUUCCUACAUGAUGACUUCUGUAUCAUUUCUGGGUCGAGUGUAAAACAUAUCUUACAAAAACACUUAAACUUGAAAAAUGAGGACUUUAAAAAUGUAUAUUGUAAUUCAGUAUUUCAGACAGAUGAUUCUUAAGCACUUAACUAAAUAACUAGUCAAAAUCUGGUAAAAAAAAAAAGAAAUUAUUGAAGUACUAUUUAACAAUUAAUUGCAACAAUAUCACAAAUACAAGGCACGUUGCUUAUCUAAUUUUAAAGGGCAUCCUUGAGAUGCAAUGAAAUAUCCUAAAUGUAUUUGUCAAGCGUUAAUAUUUUCCUGAUCCGGAUUAAAAGGACAUGUUAAUAUGGUUUAUUUCUCUAGCCUCCUGUAACAGAUGGGCCCACAGAAAGGCUCUGCCAGCCCGUGUGUCUGAUACUCGAGCCAUAAUUGGUCUCUUAUUAAAGCCAAAUGUCAGAACAGGCCCUCAAAGGCCGUUCCCCUGACUGCGGGGCAUGCCAGCCACUGUACCACUGAUACAAAUGAUUACAUUAAAGUGUCCUGGUCAACCUCUUCAUUCCUGACUCACACGCUUCUGUCUCAGCCUCUCUCAGCAUACAGAGGGGAGCUGGUUGUGAGCAAGGGAUUAUAUUGAGCUAUCCCAACCGUAUCUGCGGGGUGAGAAGGAGAGGAUGAACAUGAUUAUUGCAGAAUUCAAGAUGUGCCGUUGUGUAGAGGGGGGUACAAAAAGACACUCGUGGCUGCCUGUUCCUGUGUUCAUCCACAUUUUACCAGAAGCGCCUGCACUCAGGUGGAAUCUUAAUGUUGUAAUGCUCAGAGGUGCUUUGAGUCCAUGGAGCCCUAGGGUGUCAUGCUAAGCACACUGGCUGCCUCUGAGAUUUGUGCUGUGUGCACUGCACACCAAUUACUGGCCCUUCAGGUAGAAAGGUGGGACUUUAAAGGCUUCAAAGGCCACGCUGGCUGUAAAUGAGCCUGCCAUUUCUGUCUUAAACACAUGCUCGAGGCAACAUCAUCGUUUCCACUGACCUUACCAGCAUGAAGAGAAACAAGGAUGUAGAAGUGGUUGGAGCCAGAGGGGUGAUCCAGGGGUAAGGAGCAAAACUGAUAUGUAUAUGUUUACGCUCUUAAUAUGUGAUAAGAAUUUGCCUGUAUAUUACAAAUUAAUACAUAAACAUCAGCAGUUAUUUUGUUGUGUAUCUAAACUUAACAAUACCUGAUUACAAAGUUUGGCAUUUCUCAAAACACUGGGAGUUACUGUUCCACGUUUUUUAGCCUAGCCCAGCAGAAAGUGGAAGCAGACUGAUCAAAUCCAGCUAAAAGGGCCUCAGUGGAGCUCGCUUGUUAAAGCAUAACGUCUAUUUCAUGUGUGAAAAACCUGACUUAUGAAUAUGGCCAUUUUUUAGCCUUUGCUGAGCUACUGUAGUUUGUCGCUGCCCUCUGCCAAGAAACAUUCUGGCACAUGACAUCCUGUAAAAGAAUGAAUUAUCACUUUCCCACAGUUUAUGAUGUGUGAAGCUAUUCCUGUUCGCUGAGGCUUUAACCAUUCACAAAACAAAACUCCCAAAACUUUCAUAAAAUUGAGAUUUUUGUCUCCAUCAAGAAUGUGUAGAAUGCUCCUUGCAUUUCCCCGUCAGAAAGUAAACACUCACAAUUGACAUGGUAUGUUUGAGACUUUGGAGCAAAAAGCUUCGAUUUCUUUCUUUUCUUUUUGACAUAAAAAAAAAAACAUCUUAUGAAAACACCUGCACGCAUACAU